UGGUACGUACGUGCUUUGCUCUUUGGUUUGUUUGUUGUCUUAAUUUGUAAACAAAUCAUCAUGUCGACGCCGAAAACUGAAAAAGACUUACAUUUGCCAUUAUCUAGAGUUAAAACGAUUAUGAAAAGUUCUCCGGACGUUGAGGCUGUCGGACAAGAACCAUUAUAUUUGGUCACAAAAGUCACGGAGCUGUUUGUUAUAGAUUUAGCUAAAAGAGCUUUCAAAAACAGCAAAAAUACACUUUUAGAAUACAAACACAUAGCCGAAGUAGUACAGGAAGAUGAUACGUUAGAUUUUCUUAGAGAAAUUAUGCCUAGAAAAAUAACAGUGAGACAAUUUAAAGAGAUCAUGGCUAAAAAAGCUGGUAAAGGUGAUCUAUCUGAUGAUGAGUCCACUGAUCAAUCAAGUGAAGAGUCUUCUAGUGAAGAAAGCUCCAGUGGUGAUGAAACAAAUGAACAAGACUGAUAUUCAUAUAAAACAAGUAUUAAUUUUUGGCUUUUACAAUCUCUAUCUUUAGUACAAAAAUGUUGUAAUAUUUUUAAUGUUGUAAGAUGCAUUUUUGAAUAAUUCAUAAAUGUGUACG